AUGUACACCUUCCUGCCCAAGAACUUCACGCCAGUGAAGCAGAAGCCUUCCAAGGAGCUGAGGCCCAUGCUCAAGGCCAUUGUGCUGGGCCUCAUCCUGUUCAUUGCCGUGGUGGUGGCCUGGUGCUACUACACGGUGUCCCUGCAGAAGGCGGAGCGGCUCAAGACGGAGCUGAUGGACCUGCGGCUGGACGGUUUCAUCAUCAGGAACCAGCAUGGGGAGGUGGUCUUCUGGCUGGCCUUCCGCUCAGGCAACCUCGACCUGGAGUCAUGCUCCAAGGAGGGUGAGAUUUUGAGCUGCACGCGGUCGGGUGGGGGGCCACUGAACUUCAUCCAGACAGUGAAGCCCAGAGACACGGUGAUGUGCUACCGUGUGUGCUGGGAGGAGCUGGCAGCCGGCCUGGCAGUGGAGCACACCAUGUUCUGGGAGGACGCACACUGGUAUGGGGGCUCAGAGAUGAGCACCCAGCACUGGCCCAUACACCUGGCUGGCUACCAGGAGCCUGUGCUCUAAGUGAUGAGCGACGUCUACUCCUUCCACAACGGCUUCGGCAGCAUCCUGGAGCACUACUGGCUCUCCUCCAAGGAGGCAGCCAUCAAGAUCAGUGACUCUGUGCCCUUCCACCUGGGCUUCAGCACCACCGAGCUGCAAGCCUAUGGGGACUUUGACUUUGACCCUGUCAAGUUCCCCAGUGUAACAGAGAUGUUUGCAAAACUGAGGGAGGAUGGGUUUAAGGUCACCCUGUGGACUCACCCUUUCAUAAACUACAAUUCCUCCAAUUUUGGGGUGGGGAUGGAGCAUCAGCUGUUCAUCAACGAGACAUCAGGGUGGCUGCUGGCCAUGGUGGAGUGGUGGAAUGGCAUCAGGGCCAUCCUGAACUUCACCAACCCAGUGGCCCAGGACUGGUUCCAGAGCCACCUGCGCCAGCUCCGCCACAAGUACAGCAUCUCAUCCUUCAAGUUCGAUGUGGAUGAGACCAGCUACCUGCCCAAGCAGUUCAGCACCUUCUGGCUGCUCUUGGACCCCAGCAUCUGGCCGUGGUGCUACACAGAGAUGUCCAUCCCCUUCUACGAGCUGGCCGAGGUGCGAGUGGGCUACCAGUCGCAGAACAUCUCCUGCUUCUUCUGCAUCAUUGACCGCGACUCCGACUGGGACUACGAGCUUGGCCUCAAGUCCCUCAUCCCCGUGGUGCUCACCAUCAGCGUGCUGGGGUACCCCUUCAUAUCCACUGACAUUAUUGGGGGGAAUUUUUUCCCCAAUAAGACAGAUGGGGCAGUGGAGAUCCCAGACUGGGAGCUAUCCGUGUGGUGGCUGGAGCUGUCGGCUUUUAUGCCCUCCAUGCAGUUCUCCAUCCUGCCCUGGCUCUACAACAAGGAGGUAGUGGAGAUCGCACAGAGGUUCACAGAGCAACAUGAAUCACUAGUGGCCCUGCUGCUGCUGGAGCUGGCCAGGGAGGUCACCGACACGGGCGACCCCAUCAUCUGGCCCAUCUGGUGGAUCUCACCCCACCAUGAGGCCGCUCACAGAAUCGACUCCCAGUUCCUCAUUGGGGACACCCUCAUGGUGGCACCCAUCCUGGAGAUGGGCAAGCAGGAGCGUGAUGUCUACCUGCCAGCGGGCAAGUGGCACAGCUACAAGGGGGAGUUGUUUGAGAAGACUCCGGUGCUGCUCACGGACUAUCCCAUUGACCUGGAUGAAGUCACCUGUUUCCUCUGGGUUUCCUAA